AUGGGGUCAAUAUUGAAAAGCCAGAAGCUGUUUAAGGAAUUGAAACUGGAGGAAACUGUUGAUAGGAUAAGCAAUUUACCAAACAGCCUUAUUGGGCAUAUUCUCUCAUUUCUUCCUACAAAAUACGCUGUUGGAACAAGAAUUUUGUCCACCAAAUGGAAGCAGUUGUGGACAUAUACCAGCAAUCUAGAUUUUGAUGAUCAGCUAUUUUUACAUCCUCCUGAUAAUUAUUGUGAUCAGUGCCAUACGAGUUUCAUGAAAUUUGUGUAUCGGGUGAUGCUUUUACUGAAGGUGUCAAAUUUGAACAAAUUCAGUAUCGAAUGUUCUGAAUUUUCUGAUGUUUCAGAUCUUAAUGCCUGGAUUUCUGCAGCACUGUCACAUGAUGUUCGAGAACUUGAUCUCUACGUUCCUUUGAAAGGAUCUGGUGGGCUGCCUAAUCUCAAAACCCUCCAUCUUUAUUCAGUUGAAUUUAGCAAUGACGAGUCAAUUAAGAGGCUCUUUUCUGGUUGCCCCUUGCUUGAGGACCUGGUUUUACUCGAAUGUGAAUUAAAAAACAUUAAUGUUCUCAACAUUUCAGCUUCUGCCCUGAAGAGUUUGAUUAUAUCCUAUCCUGUAAUGAACAGCAUAUCUAAAUUUUUGAAGUACAAGAUUAAGAUGGAGCUCAAUACCCCUAGUCUUCAAUACCUUGAAUACAUUGAUUAUGUAGCAGAAGGCUACGCCACAAGAGCUUACAUUUUCUUGUCAAAGCUCAUAUUGAUAUUAAGCUUAGAUUGA